CUUUUUCCCUUUAAUUAUUCUUGAACGCUUUGAUUUUUAUUUUUUUCUAUGAUUUUGGUGGAAAGGGAAAGUUAUGUAUCAGCUUUAGGGAAUGGGUAUUCUAAAGUUUAGAGCUUUUCAAUGUUUUGGGAAUUUUUUUUCCUCUGCAACUUGAAUUUGUUUUCACCAAUUCUGUUGGAAAAUAUUACUGUUUAGAUUGUUUUCGGUUUGUUGGUAUUUUGUGGCUUUUCCAAUUAUAUAUGUAAUAGUCAUUUCCAAUAAGGAAGAUUUGUGCUUUUAUAGAAUCAUGCAAAUUAAACUGCCCUGAAAUUUUGGGUGCAAAAGGCGAAAUCUUUAACCUCCCACACCCCGGUGUUAUAGAGACUGUGAAGGAGUUAAAUCACUGUGACUCAAUGACCUAUAGGUGGUUGAACCAGUGCCACUCCACAAGAGGGAUAUCCCUAGUUGGAUCUUAAAAAGGAGGGUUAUUAUUUUUUAUUUUAUUUUUAUUUUUUCAGUUUCUUCUUUGUGAUCAGAGUUGAGAGAACAUUCAAUUAUGGGGUCUCUUGCAGAGGUAGUCCAGGAGAGAAAAAACAGUAAGCCCCCUGGAAUUCGAGUUUAUGAGGGCAUAACAAAGUCCAACCUGUCAUACAAGACAUAUCAAGCCAUUGUCUUGAUUGUAACAUUUUUUGCAUAUGCCGCGUAUCAUGCUGCAAGGAAGACAACGAGUGUUGUCAAAACAGCGCUUGAUCCAGAGUCGACUGGUGGGGGUUCGGACUCCCCAUGGCUGAGAGGUUAUACUCAGAAACCGAUUCAGAACUUGGGGAGUGUACGGGUUCUUGGAAAUGGUGGUUGGUCGCCUUUUGAUGGUUCUGAUGGCACAGCAUUGCUUGGUGAACUUGAUGUGGCUUUCCUUUUUGUGUAUGCGCUGGGAAUGUAUUUCUCGGGACACAUGGGGGAUAGGAUGGAUCUGAGGAUAUUUUUGAGCGUGGGAAUGGUGGGAACUGGUUUGUUCACUGUCCUGUUUGGAAUUGGAUAUUGGGCAAAUAUCCACUUCUUCUAUUACUAUUUGACAGUCCAAAUGCUUGCCGGUUUGUUCCAAUCCACGGGAUGGCCUUCAGUGGUUGCGUUAGUUGGGAAUUGGUUUGGGAAGAAGAAGAGAGGACUUAUAAUGGGAAUCUGGAAUGCCCACACUUCAAUUGGGAACAUUACAGGUUGCUUGGUUGCUUCGGUUUUACUGAAGUUUGGAUGGGGUUGGUCCUUGGUUGUUCCAGGGAUAAUUAUUACCUCCAUUGCCUUGGCAGUGUUCCUUUUCUUGCCAGUUCACCCUGACACUGUACGAGCUAACAAGGACGAAGAUGAAACGCGAUUCCCUGAAAAGGAAGCCGAGGAAGUGAAUGAACCUCUCCUGAAAUCUGAUGAAGAGGAGGAAUCAGCUGUGGGUUUCAUUGAAGCAUGGAAGAUCCCAGGGGUUGCCCCUUUUGCUCUUUGCCUUUUCUUUGCCAAGCUGGUGGCCUAUACAUUCCUCUAUUGGCUUCCUUUCUAUAUUAGCCACACAGCCAUAGAUGGGGCGUACUUGUCGAACGAGGAAUCUGGGAACUUAUCGACGCUGUUUGAUGUGGGAGGGGUGGUGGGUGGAAUCCUAGCAGGCUACAUAUCUGAUCACCUGGAUGCCAGAGCCAUAACAGCAGCAAGCUUCAUGUACUGUGCUAUCCCAGCCCUAUUCUUUUACAGGAGCUAUGGCCAUGUCUCCAUGGCGCUGAACAUCGUCCUCAUGUUGAUUGCUGGCAUGUUUGUGAAUGGACCUUACGCGCUGAUCACAACUGCAGUCUCGGCUGACCUGGGAACACACAGCUCGCUGAAAGGCAAUUCGCGGGCACUUGCAACUGUCACUGCAAUCAUUGAUGGAACCGGCUCCAUUGGCGCUGCCAUUGGACCACUGCUCACUGGCUACAUUUCAGCUGAGAGUUGGAAUGGCGUUUUCACAAUGCUGAUGAUCGCAGCACUAAUUGCUGGUUUGCUGCUGACUAGGCUAGUUGUGGCUGAGAUAGCCGCGAAGAUUCAGUACUCGAGGAGCCAAGCAGAGCCAAGGUCAAGGUCUCCUGCACUUGGAAGUGUAAACAUGGCAUAAAGGGUGUGCUUAUAAUGCUUUUUUCUGGCUAUUUGGAUAAGUUUCAAGCUUUCUUCUCAGCCUUAGACCACAGAUGAAGAGGUGAGAUUUGACACCAUAAAUCAAUAUCAGGACGGUAUAGUAUGGUGUGGAAGACAGAAUAGGUGUCUCUUCUUGUUCUUGUAUACAAAUUUACAAGUAUAUUUUUUCAAUCUUUGUGGCAUAAAAUGAUAAGAGCAUUCCAUCCAGAAGCCUGGAUGAUGGCUGAUUGUAUUAUACACCAUUUCUUGUAUAUAUUUUUCUUCAUUAGAUAUUGAAAAACAAAUCCUACCAUGCAGAAAGAGAAACUUUUGCAUUA